UCCAAACAGGAGCACUUUGUUUGAGUUGGCGUCUGUUGGCGCACAGGCAGAUUCCCCCAGUCUACAGUACUUAUAUUUCAUUCCUCUGUCUCUUACAGCACUACCAUUAAUUGGCUUUCCACAACAUCCAACUAGACGUUUAAAAGACCCAGGAUCACUCUCUGGACUGACCAGUGUCUACAAAAACCAGAACACUGCAGGAAACUGAGGACCCUGAGCUGCUGCACUCAGCAGCUCCAAAACAAUGGCACAGUGCACGCCGGAUGCCAAUCCUGCCAAGGUGAUCCAGAAUCCAAAGCCUGACAUUAAGGACUCGAGUGAAGUUUCAGCUGAGUCUGCAUCGGCAGCGGUCAGAGUCAGACCUGCGGACCUGGGGCUGAUUCGAAGUUUGUCCAAGUCGGACUCUGACUUGCUGGCUUCACCACUUGGAGAAGAGGAUGGAGGUCUGGCUGGCCGCAGUGGAUCUGUGUCUAACUGCAGCUCUGGGCAGCCAUCCAUGGAGCGCAUGCCGUCUUUUGCCUCUGAGUGGGAUGAGAUUGAGAAGAUCAUGAACUUGAUCGGAGCAGGCAUUGAAACAUCCAAAAACAAACAGCCCACGCCAAGCUCAGAUGGGGCCUGUGGUAAAGCCCUGGACCAGCCGGUGGGAGAGUGGCUGGAGCACGUGGGGCUGCCGCAGUACGAGAGCAAGUUCCUGCUCAAUGGCUUCGACGACCUACGAUUCAUGGGAAGUAACGUGAUGGAGGACCAGGAUCUCAGAGACAUUGGGAUCACUGACCCAGGACACAGAAAGAAGAUCCUCCACGCGGCACGCAGCUUGCCAAAGGUAAAAGCACUGGGCUGUGAUGGCAGCACAUCUCUUGCCUCCUGGCUGGACGGCCUCGGCCUACAUGAAUAUCUGCCCAACUUUCUUUCAAGCGGCUACCGCACACUGGAGUGUGUUAAGAACCUGUGGGAGCUGGAGAUCGUCAAUGUUAUUAAGAUUGGUCCCCUGGGCCACAGGAAGAGGAUCAUUGCCUCUCUAGCAGAGAGACCCUAUGAAGAGGCUCCGACUAAGUCACGUCGUCUAUCCCCGAUUAUGUUCCAUGACCUCCUGUCCCAGACCACAUCUCCCCUCAGUCAGAUGGACCCCUACACCAGUCGCUCCAUGGACAUGCUCCUGCCUCUGACUGAGUCAGACCGGAGGCGGAGAGGAGUCGACCAAGACUGUAGUGUAUCUCUGCGUUCCUAUAGUGAGAGGCCGCGAUCUGUAGACAGACAGAGUGAACGACACAAAGAGUCUCGUUUAAAUCUACGGCCACCAAGCCACUCUGCUACCUACGCCACGGUGUCCGCCUGGCAUCACCAGCCUGAGAAACUCAUCCUGGACUCCUGCGGGUACGAGGCGACUUACCUAGGAUCAAUGAUAAUCAGGGAUCUACGAGGGAUUGAGUCCACACAAGAUGCCUGCGCUAAAAUUAGGAAAUCAAAGGAUUCAAGAAAGGGUCCAGUUGUCAUACUGUCCAUUACCUACAGAGGGGUCAAGUUCAUUGAUGCAGCCACAAAGACCAUAGUCGCAGAGCACGAGAUAAGGAAUAUCUCAUGUGCUGCCCAAGACCCAGAUGACCUCUGCACUUUUGCUUACAUCACCAAGGAUCUGAAGAGUGGCCACCAUUUCUGUCAUGUCUUCAGCACUGUGGAAGUGACACAGACCUACGAGAUCAUCCUGACACUGGGACAGGCGUUUGAGGUGGCUUAUCAGAUGGCGAUCCAGACUAGGGCGAGACACUAUGUCCCACCUUCUUCUCUGGGUUCAGAGGUCAUAGAGACCAAAACCAGCCGUCCUGUAUCUCAGUCAUGGAGCAGCAUGCGGAGAUCAGCACCUGUCCUGUCUUACCAGGCAUCUUCCACUGUGAGGCACUAUGAGGAGGCUGCUUUUGCUAGCAUGGGAUGCAAGACGGACAAUUAAUCAAUGAAAGACAAAACAGCAACAUGCAGCAAACAAUCUUUUUUUCUACGCAUUUGUACAAUACUCAUAUCCAUCCAACACCACGAUGGAUUGGUCAUGAAUCUGUCGCUGAUGUCUGAACUCAAACGGACCAAGAACUGAAACCCUCGUCCCCCCCCGUCCCCCCCGCCGGAUACACACAGACAAACACAUGCACACACACACACACACACACACACACACGCACACACAGGGGGACACAACUUUUCCUACACUUUACUGAGGACAACAGCCUUACUCCAUUUCGGUUAUCUAUAAUCAACGAAGCCCCUUACCCCUCCCCCCUCCCGCCCCGACCUCCCUGAACACCACCCGACAACUGCACGCCUCCCCCCCCCCCCCUUUUGCUUCUAAAAAGACCAAAAGACAACACUUCUGAUUUCCUGGUGUAUUGAAUUGAGACUGAGAAACGUAGGCUGGGAUGACGUGUUCUUAUGAUGGUACAGUUUUGUCCAGAUGAGAGUCUUUGCUCUGGCCUUGUACUGCCCUGUGCCUCUCAGCAUUCAUGGUAGCACCGAGAGACUGCAAAUCACAGCAUCUUCUUCUUGUCAAUUAAAAAAAAACAAAAAAAACAAACACUGUGUUUAAAAGAUGGCACUAUCCCUUUGAAUACCUUUUUCUUUUUCUUACGGUGCAAAAUAGGACAUUUGUGAUACUUUUUGAUAGACUGGGGCUGACUGAAAUAUUUUGGGACAAAAUGAUUAAGAUGGGAUCAUGAAGGAUCUCGACAUUGAUACAACCAGAAGCAAAAAAAAAAGGAAAAAAAAAAAAAAAAAGAGAGAAUGCCACUAAAUCGAGUGUACUGACAUUGGUUCCACAUUUCACAAUUUUUGGUAAUCUAAACAAAACAUCCUCAACACGAUUUCAUUCGACUCUAGUAUAUUAAUGAGCCCCUAAGCACAAUUUGGCGCACAUUUCCCAACAUAGCAUCCUAUUAUCAUGAUUACAUGGGUUGGUAUCCGUGCUGUUUCACACCAAUUUAGAAUUAGGUGCAGUACACGCAAAGUAUGUCACUAGAGAAGAAAUGGCAGCGGGAAGAUUUAAUUCCACCACAUUAAAAGAGCCAAAUCUAAAUGUUGUUCUGGUGUCGUGUUGAUGCUAAUGGAUUUGCUAUGCUGAGAACGUGACACCAUUUUUUUUUUUUUUUUUUUAUUUAUUUAUUUAUUUUUAAAGAAUUUUCUUCCUGCACUGUGACUCAAAAAUUGCUCGUUGUGGAGUCGACACAUAUCUGUGGGUUCUCCCUUGUGUGCACUACCUGCUGUGCGUGCUGUAUGCCUUGUUUCUCUGUCUGUCCUCAUGGGAGUUUGGACUGUUACAUCACUGGCCACUGUCCUUGUUUCUGUGUGCUGCAGGAGAAGUGAGGUAUUGAGCUCCUCUCCAGAAAAGACGGUUUGUCUGGAGACUGUCUGUUAAGAUGUAACUGGUCUGUGUGCGGUACCGUGGCUGUGUCAUUGCCACUCUGUUCUGACUGUUAACUGUUAGCUUCCACUGACUGAUGCAUGUUGGCAGUGUUUUUGUGUUUUGUACCCUUUGAUGCACUUGGCCUGAGCAGUCUUUGUAUGUACUGUAGCAGUGUCUCGUCUCUUCUCACUCAUCUGCCAUUUGCUUUUUAUGUUCCCUCUCUUUGUUACACCACCAAUACAGCGAUUCAUCUUCA